AUGGCCGACCGCAACCGCCCACAGCCGCACCAAGUCCAAGUCCACCCCCAGCAGCAGCCCCUCCUCCACCGCUACGACGCCUCCGGAAAAGCCUUCCUCCUCCCGCGCCACGGCCCCUCCACUGGCCAAGUCCUCGCUGUCAUAACGCUCCUCCCCGUUGGCGGCGCGCUCCUCGGCCUCGCCGGGAUCACCCUCGUCGGCAGCCUCAUCGGGCUCGCCGUUGCCACCCCGGUCUUUGUCAUCUUCAGCCCCAUCCUGGUGCCGGCCAUCAUCCUGCUGGCCGGGGCCGUGGCGGCGCUCCUCACGUCCGGGGCGUUCGGGCUGACCGGCCUCUCCUCAAUUUCGUGGGUGUUCAACUCGUUCCGGCAGGCGACCGGGCAGGAGCCACUGGACUAUGCGAAGCGGCGUGUGCAGGAAGGGACGAUGUAUGUUGGGGAGAAGACGAAGCAAGCCGGCGAGACGAUCAAGAGCACGGCGCAGGAAGGGAUUCAAGUCGGUGGCCGGACUUAGAACCUCUUUGAAAAUGGAAUAAUGAUAGAGUAAUGCAGUUGGUUUGCAUUUUUAUGUGCGUGUUUGUAAGACUUUGAUUUCAGUUAAUAGAAACUUGUGUUUUAUC